AGGAGGGAUCCAAAACCAACACUAGAGGAUGCAUUUUACCUGACAGCUGUGAUGUGUUGUCGGCCAUGGUUUGAAGCAUGAAGUGCAGCAUAUUGGAAUCGGAGAAAUCAACACAAACAUACCACCCAAAGGCUUGUUUUUUUCAUCAUCUUAAAAUCAAGUGACGUUGGAUUGAUUUAUGUAGUAUUUUAAUUAUGUUUAUUAUUUACUCUAUUGCACUUCUGUCCAUCCUCAGUUGUAAUGUCUGUUCUGUUCCCCUUAAAUAACGUUAAAGUUACCCGGGAACGAAACAUUACCGAGGUGCGCAUAGGGACGCUGUCGGUUUUGGAGAGAAGAAAACUACAUGACCCACAAUGCCUUUCACCUCUCACUUGUCUCUAGCGUUGCCGAGCGACGACGGGGCGUGCUUCAUGUGGAAAGCUAGCUUGCUAGUCCACCAGUCAGUCUGUAGUCCCCCUUCACCGUGGUUUUUUAUGAUGGAACAAUGAAGGAAACGUGCACGAGUCAACAGUGCUCCUCCGCGUCACGUGGCUGCAGUCCUCCAGGGCCCCACAGUGACGCUCCAGAGGCUCCGGGCUGCGGGGAGCUGGAAGAAAACAGAGAGAUGGAGAUAAAGCAGGUAACCUUGCACUCGAGAUCUGAGGGAGCAAAACAACACAGCAAGAAGGAUGGUGUUUUAACUGCUGCGGUGGUCUCCAGGCGUGUGUCCAACCUCCGAAGCGUUGGCACUGGGCUGCACUAUUUCUACCACCACCUGUGUCUGCCUAGUCAGGAUCUCAGUGACGUCUCCGUUUUAUGCAAUUAUGUCCAUCUUCAAAAGCUGCAACUGCCACACAACAAAAUCAAAGAUUUGUCCUGUGUGAGCCACAUGCCCUACCUUGUCAUCCUGGAUGCUUCUCACAAUGAAAUCUCCAGCUUCUUUGGAUUCCAGCCACCCAAGAACCUAAAAGAGGUCAAUUUCUCCCACAACCGUAUGACAAACAUGAAGGACUUGUCAGCCUUUUCAUCUCUUAGUCAUUUGGAUCUGGGCCACAACAGUUUCAGUGAGAUCGGGGGUCUUGAGCAAUGUUGCAAGCUCACCAAUCUCAACCUGGAACACAACAAGAUCUCGAGGGUCGGCGGCCUGGGCAGACUGCCUCUCACACAGCUGUGCCUCAGGGGGAACCAGCUGGAGAGGAUUGAAGGGUUGGAUAAUCUGAAGUCUCUGCAGGUUCUCGACUUGUCUCUGAACCGCAUCACCACUCUCUCUGGCCUCCACGAUCUCCACGUACUGGGCUCCAUCAAUCUGGAGAGAAACCUGAUCAGCGAAAUUCAGGAGUGCAAACACGUUCAUGACCUUUCCCUGUUGAGGGACCUCAACCUGCUGGGAAACCCUGUACAGGAGCAACCCGAUUACAGAUUGGCAGUCAUCUUCCUCCUUCAACAUCUGACUGUGCUGGACCAAGAGAAAGUCACUGCUGAAGAAAAGGUGUCAUCAGUCAACAAGUAUGACCCUCCUUUGGAUGUGGUGGCAGCCAGGGAUCACAUGACCCACCUGGUGUAUCAUCUGAUGCAGCCUCAGGUGCUCUAUGACAGUACUAUGCCCAGUGCAGACUCUCCGUAUGCCAUGCUGGUUCUGACCGGUCCUCAAGGCUGUGGGAAGAGAGAUCUGGCCCACAGACUGUGUCAGGAGUUGAGCGAAUGCUUUGCCUACGGAACCUGUCACACCACCAGGGGGCCGUACGUUGGAGAGGAGAACGGGAUUGAUUACCAUUUUGUCAGCGAGGAAGAUUUUCAGAACAUGAUUCAAAUGGGUCAAUUUGUCCAGACCAUGCAGUACGGGGGCCACAGCUACGGCCUGACCAGAGAUGCCAUCGAGGAUGUGGCCAAAGAAGGACUAGCCUGCUGUGUGCAUAUGGAGCUAGAGGGUGUGCUCAGUCUGAAGAACAGCUACUUUGAGCCUCGGUACAUCCUGCUCAUCCCCACCCAGGUUGAGAAAUACAUUGGCCACCUGAAGAGCCGCGGUGUCUAUUCCGCAGCACAGAUUGACGUGGCGGUGUCACGCGUAGAGCUCUACGCCGAUACCAACAGGCAGCGACUGGGAUUCUUCGAUAAUGUCGUCCCCUGUGAUGACUGGGAGGAGGCCUUUCAGACACUGAGGCAGAUAGUGAAGGAGUACCUGGUAGAGGAGCAGGAAGAAGGAGAAAACAACAACAGAGGAUGCCCUGACAACACCUCCACUGGUCACAAGCCAGAGGAGAAGCCACUGUCACCACCCCUGUCGAGGCCCGGAUCAGGAAGACUCGCGUCACACUCUGCCCCAGCUCUUGACCCCUCAGAUCUGUCUUACAGGAACUACUUCAACAAGAUCCAGGAAGAGCUCUGCCCUCCGAAGAGCGCCACUGAGCUGGCUUCCAUCAGGAGGCGUGAGCAGCUGGUGAGAGAGGCCAUUGUGGGGAAGAGUCCCGGGAUCUACAGCCAGCUCUUCAAAAGCUCUGCUCAAACAGCACCAUCAUCACUGCAGAAUCCUGAUGCCCAUUGUAGUGAGGACAGCAGCUCGGAUGAGUCUCGUGCCAGUUCAGCGCUGACUGUGCCCAGUUCAGCCGGGGGCUUUUCUAGUUCGGUGCAGCCGCUAGAUAUGUCUGUCCUGGGACACACCUUGGAAGCACUCAAAGACCUCAUGGCAUCUCCUGGAGCCCCACUUCCAGACACAGACCUGCUAGCUGUGGCCGUGCCUCCCUCCUCUGAUAGACGUCCUGGAUCCAAUGUCAAGCCCAUCCUGCCCCCAAUCCCCUCUGGGCGCAAGACCCCCGCAUCACCCAGUCCAGCGCCGUCACCCGGACCCAGCCCAAAAACAGCAGUCGAAGAGGGAGGAGAUGUAGACUGGGAGGGAUAGCUUCACAAAUAAAGUCAAUCAAUCAGUACACGUAUAAAGGUACUUAAUAAAAUAUAAGCUUAGUCGGUUAAAUUACAAGAACAUCAAAAGUCUGAACCUUCAAAAGUUCAAAGUCAACCGCAAAACACAGGUUUGUUGCUAUCUAACCACAAACUACACAGAGUGUGAUGAACACUUGAGGUUAGACUUAAUUGUCAGCACUGUUCUUUUCCAGUAAAAUGUUGCUCGUGCCGCAGCACGCCUGGAUCUUUUGCACUUGCUAUAUACUUUAUAAAUGAUAAGUGAUUGUG